AUGAGGGGUGCUGAAACCAUCUCAGCUCACAUCUAUGACAGCCUGCGGGAAGUCGUGCGCUACCUCGGGGGCAGCGGCGGCGCCGGCGGUCGCCUAACCCGCGGCCGCGUGCAGGGGCUGCUGGAAGAGGAGGCGGCGGCGCGAGGCCGCCUGGAGCGCACCCGUUUCGGAGCGCUUGCGCUGCCCCGCGGGGACAGGCCCGGACGGGCGCCGCCGGCCGCCAGCGCCCGCCAGUCUCGGAGCAAGAGAGGUGGAGAAGAGCGAGUGCUUGAAAAAGAGGAGGAAGAAGAGGAUGAUGAAGAUGAAGAUGAUGAAGAUGAUGUGUCAGAGGGCUCUGAAGUGCCCGAGAGUGACCGUCCUGCAGGUGCCCAGCACCACCAGCUUAACGGCGAGCGGGGUCCUCAGAGUGCCAAGGAGAGGGUCAAGGAGUGGACGCCCUGCGGACCGCACCAGGGCCAGGAUGAAGGGCGGGGGCCAGCCCCGGGCAGCGGCACCCGCCAGGUGUUCUCCAUGGCAGGCAUGAACAAGGAUGGGGGAACAGCUUCUGUUGCCACUGGGCCAGACUCUCCGUCCCCCGUGCCUUUGCCCCCAGGCAAACCAGCCCUACCUGGGGCCGACGGGACCCCCUUUGGCUGUCCUCCCGGGCGCAAAGAGAAGCCCUCUGAUCCCGUGGAAUGGACGGUGAUGGAUGUUGUGGAAUAUUUUACCGAGGCUGGAUUCCCGGAGCAGGCGACAGCUUUCCAAGAACAGGAAAUUGAUGGCAAAUCUUUGCUGCUCAUGCAGCGCACAGAUGUGCUCACCGGCCUGUCCAUCCGCCUCGGGCCAGCCCUGAAAAUCUACGAGCACCACAUCAAGGUGCUUCAGCAAGGCCACUUUGAGGAUGAUGACCCCGAUGGCUUCUUAGGCUGAGCGCCCAGCCUCACCCCUGCCCUAACCCAUUCCGGCCCCCAUCUCACCCAAGACCCCCCAGAGUCCAGGAGCUGGACGGGGACACCCUCAGCCCUCAUAACAGAUUCUAGGGAGAGGGCACCCUCUUGUCCUCAUCUCUGCCCCUUGUGUGUCUUUCUCACACACAUCUGCCCCUCAGCACGUCGGUGUGGGGAGGGAAUUGCUCUUUAAACCCCAGGUGGCUGACCCUCCCCACCCAGCCCAGGACAUUUUAGGGAAAAAAAAAUGAAAUAUGGGGGGCUUCUCAUCUCCCCAAGAUCCUCUUCCGUUCAGCCAGAUGUUUCCUAUAUAAAUGUUUGGAUCUGCCUGUUUAUUUUGGUGGGUGGUCUUUCCUCCCUCCCCUACCACCCAGGCCCCGCUUCUCAAUCUGCCCCUGGCCUCCAGCCCCUAGGGGACUAGCUGGGUUGGGGUUCCUCGGGCCUUUCCUCUCCUGCCUCUUUUCUUUCUGUUGAUUGUCGCUCGAGCUGGCUGUAUUGCUUUUUAAUAUUGCACCGAAGGUUUUUUAAAUAAAAUUUUAAAAAAAGGAAAAGGGAAAAAAAAAAA